AUGGAUGACCAAGGCUGGGUUCCAAUAAAACUAAUUGCAGGCUUCAAAAAAGUAUUGCUUUUGACAGACAAUAUCCAGCUUAUAAUGGAUGCAGUUCGAACUUCACCUGUUGUUGAAGUGCAGGGAGACAAAAUAAGGAGGAACAAUUGGAUUGGAUGCUGUGAUGGGAGGACUGAACUGAUUUCUCAUGCAGAUAAGCUUCUACAGACAUGUGAAGCUAUUGAUACAGAUGAUGAUGAUGAUGUUAAGGAAAAAAUUCUAAAGCUUGGUAUUUGCGUCCUGCAUGGUUCAGAAAAAGUCGCUGCAAAGGAGCUUCUGAGCCGUAUUACAUUGGCCGUGUCAAAGCUUAAAAAUGGGACUAAUACUGAAGAUAUCCUGAACGAUGACAAUCAUACAUCUAAUUCUUCAGGUUCUUCAGGUAACGGCAAUGCUGCAAUGGAUACUACAGACGAUGAAGGUCCUUCUAAGCAUCUAAAUGCUCAAAAAGGAACACAGUCUUUUCGUUAUCAAUCCGAGUUAUUAAAGCUAGAUGCUGAGUUUGAUAAGGCUAUGGAGGAUCUUGAAAAAUCCCAGAAGUAUGAAUAUAAGCUGGCAGAGGAAAGUCUUCAUACGCAUAAGAAAUAUUUACUAAAUAUUUCACAGCAACUGGAUAAAGAGAAGUACGAGUUAGCAAGCGAAUCCGACACAUCUUGUUCGAGUGUCUUGCUUCAAACUGUCGAGAAAAGAAAUGAAAACCUAAAACGGGAACUCUUCCUCAAUCACCUUACGCUACUGAUCCAGCAUGGUCUGACUCCCUUUGGAAAAUUCUGCAUGUUACAUGGGAUGAUCCUGAUUUAG